CCAGCCUGUCUCUGCAGCCUGUCUGUGUGUUGUUUGUGUGCAUGAAGAGGGUGAGUGAAAGCAGAGGAACGUGUACCUGGGUCCUUCCAAAGAAAGAACCUGUACACAAGUGUGUGAGACUGCAUGUUGUAAUGUAACGAAACAACAUUUCAUCAUUUGCACAUAUGAACAAGAGGUAUUUAUUUUUAUUUAUCCGAAAGUAGCCAUUCUGUUGAGCCAAACUCAAUCGCGGUGUGUCUUUGUUGUUUUGUAAAACUAAGACUUUCUGCCUGGCUCGUGCUAUUUAGUUAGCUAGUUUUAGUUAUUAGAGUUGAGACAAGAUGUCCACUGACUGCCAGAAGACCACUGCCAAGGCCAUCCCGUCGACGAGGAGGGUGACCAUUAACGACGCGGCGCACAUGCCCCUCGACUACUCCACCACUCCCGGAGGGACCCUGUUCAGCACGACCCCGGGUGGUACCAGGAUCAUCUACGACCGAAAGUUCCUGCUGGGGUGCCGCAGCUCUCCCGUGGCCAAGACUCCUCCAAAGGGUCUGCCCAGGAUUCCAGGGGUGACAAGUCCUCCCUCCAAAGACACCGAUGAGAAGGCUCAUAAUGGAGAACUACUGAACAACAAUAUCACUGCACCUGUUAGCAGCAACACUGGUGAUGACUCACAGUUUGAAAUGGACGUCUAGGAGGACCUGGAACGAGUGUUAAGAUGUCAGACUUACCAACAAGAUGCUGUGAAGAGCGGCACAGGAACUCCUUCUUAUUUCCCAUCAUCCAUUCCAUGAAGACGGAGGUUUGCCUUCAGUGUCUCCGGUGUCUUAGUGUUUUAAAGUCUGUCUUUAUCAGCAUCGUUUGCUUGUUUUGCCAAGAACAAAUCUGUAAUGAAACUUUUUCUGUCAUCUUCAAGGCUUAAACCUGAUUUAUGUAUGACAAGGUGUGCCUUCCUCUAGUGGCUACAAAUCAACCUUGAGAAGUACCUAACACCAACAAAGCCUCAUCCCUAUGAACUGGUUCAUAUAUAAGUUCAGGAAAAUUAAGAUCAAUAGGGAAAAUGAAAUUUGCUGAAUUUAAACCAUUCCAAAAGGGUUUAUAACUUGAUGUGCUUUAUUUCCACACAGUUCCUGACUCCUCUGUUCAGAUAUUGCCUUGAAACGUUAGAUACAGUAUAAUUUGUCAAACGUGCGCUUAAAAAAAGUGUCAUAGAGGGAAUGUAAAACUUAUUUGUGUUGAUGACAUUUUUAAGACAGGUUUUCACAUGGUUUGUAGGACGACAAAGCAUUAAAGCAAACACCAUUUAAACAAA